AUGUCGCGCUUGACAGAGAUGGCGGCCUGCGGCUCUCUGAGCAAGCAGCACCCUUGUGCCGAUGCUCAGGCAGCUGUUUCCGCCAUGAGGAGAACGCGGGACAACUGCGAGCUUGGGAGUGAGGAAAGAGAUGACGAGAUGGCUGGAUCUGAGCUGCUGGCUGCUGUAGAGGAGCUGGUGGGCUGCUAUGCGGGCCAUCCGAGAGGUAGGUGCAUCGAAUCUGCAUCAGCAAAAGGGUGUGAAUGAGCCAGAAUGCAUUGUCGGUUGUGUGUGUUGUGAUGCCAGAUGUGAGGAAGCGCGUGAGGGAGCUGGAUGGCGAGAAAGGAGAGGAGCUGCUGCUGCUGCUUCUGGACAAACUCAGCACGUAACAGUCGCAUCUGUCUGUCUGCAGAACUAAUGCAGCAUCCAUGGUGCUGUGCUCUUUGUGCCUGCAGCGACAUACGCGACGCCCGAUCAUUGGAAUGGGUCAACUCGCUGCUGACAUCGAAGAUCUCACAGAUGGAUAUCACUGGGCUGUCCGAGUCGUCGGCCACAGCUGACCCGCCACAAACGGAGGUACGGACUCACUGACUGCCUGAUUGACACACACAGACAAUUGCCUGUCCAUAGCGGGACCGGUGUUGUGCAUGGCCUGGGUGUGGUGUGUUGGUGUGUCUUCCUUUCUCUCAGGUUUUGCAGAGGUUGCACGAGCUCGUGAGUGACAGGGCCGAGAGCCAGCCGCAGGCACUCAGGUGAGUGAGUCAUUUCGCUGGACUGGAGGGUCAAUUCACACACAACAGCACCACAGAAACACGCUGUGCUGUGCUGUGCUGUGACUGUGGCUCCCUCCCUCCCUCCGAUAUUGCUCAGGCUGAAGGGGCGUCUGGCCAGCCUCGAGUCAGCCGUUCGUCUGAGGUUGAGGCUGCAGUCACAAGACAACCUCACGGGCAGCAACACACGGCCGGCCAUGAAUGAAAUGCAAGACCAAGAACAAGACCAGCAGCAGCAGCGAGCUCUCCCUGCCGCUCCGCCUCGCUCUCGCCUUCCCCUCCCCCCUCCCCCGGCGGCACAUCUGCGUCACCAUCAUCCACAGCAGGUGGUUGGUGCUGGCCGUCCCAAGGUGUUGAGCAAGAGGAUCAGGAAGGCGUCGCCCAUCAAGCCGAGGAGCGAUGACGAGAAGACAUCGGACUCGACCAGUGAGUGAGUGAAUGAGUGACUGAACGAUGGAUGGAUUGACGGAUGGGUGGGUUGACUUCCGGCAUGAAUGUGAAUACACACGAGUUGGAUGGAUGGAUGGAUG